ACCAUCUACGCUACACGUUUGCUUUUGUUCAUCCCCACCAGAAAAUGAAAUUGCGUCUCUUAGCUCAGCUAUCAUGGAUUCCUCCUCCGAAUAAAUACCCAAUUCGCAUAUAUCUCUGAGGGAGUCUCCUACCCCUUGCAGUUGCCCCCUCCCAUCCCCAAAUAGCCAAUAUUUUACGCAUACUUUUUUCCAUCUUUUUCCUCCACCUUCUUCUUCUUCUUCUUCUUCUUCUUCUUAUUGCUAACUUCCCACUACUCACGCACAACACACAACACACACUCUACUCUGCCUGACGAAAAAAAGAAAGAAAUUGAUGGGUGUGAUGAGCAACCGUUGUUCCCACACUUCCCACAUCACGGCCAUCAUCAUCACCAGCUUUUUCCGCCAUAAAUUCUAAAGAUUUCACCUUUUUCUCUCUUUACCAACACCCAUCUUCAAUGCCCAAUUCUUGAAUUCUGUUGCUUCAUUUUGUCAAAACUAAAAAAAAAAAAAACUUUCUUUUUUGUUGAUGUGUUAAUGGGCGGUGGCAGCGCUAUGGAUCUGUCUAAGAAGAUGAAAGCUCGUGGUCUUGAUUCUGUGUUUGCUUCUGCUCCUUUAGAUUCGUUUCUUGGGCCAGGAGCGAUGGUGAGUUUUGGAGCUGUUGGUAGGGAUAAUGGAUCAGGAAACUCGUUCUAUCAGUCGUUCGAGAUGCAGGAGAAUGGGGACGAAUACUUGGAUGACUAUUUUAGUCAGCCGGAGAAGAAGAGGAGGCUCUCAGCUGAUCAAGUCCAGUUUCUUGAGAGAAGUUUCGAUGUUGAGAAUAAACUCGAGCCAGAGAGGAAGCUUCAGCUGGCGAACGAGCUUGGCCUGCAGCCUCGUCAGAUUGCAGUGUGGUUCCAGAACCGGAGGGCUCGUUGCAAGACGAAGAGUCUUGAGACAGAAUAUGAGACAUUGCAUUCGAGCUAUAAGAGCUUGAAGAUGGACUACGAUAACCUCCUCAAGGCGAAUGAGAAGCUGAAAGCUGAGGUUCUUCACCUCAAACACGGCGGGACUGCUCAAGAUGUGGAGAUAUCGGAUACUAAGGAACUAUCAGAAGCAAUGCCAACAUCUACCGAUGAUGAAGAACAUAAAGUUUCUGUUUCGGCUUCUAAGAGUGACGAGCAAAGCUCAACAAAAAGUGAUGUCACCAAUGAAGACAGUCCCCGGUUGAGAGGCGAGGCUCAUCAUCAUCAUCACCACCAUAUGUUUGUUGAAUCAGGUGAGUCUUCUCAUGACUUUGAUCCCGGUCAGUCUGUUUUCUCGCUUCACGGAGAAGAUAGCUUGAAUCACGAGGAAUUGCUACAACAUGCCUAUGUCUUUCCUAAGACCGAAGAUGUCUAUUAUCACAACCAUACAACUUCGUGUGGCUAUGGAUUUUCUGUCGAAGAUCAUGCCUUCAAUUUCUGGUCGUAUUAAGUUCAUGUCUGUAUAUUUCUACGAACUUUUUGACACCCUUUUCGUAUUAUUGCUAGGUAAUAAGUGAGUGUUGUAACAAAUCCCAGUUCCCCCCAAUCAUAGUUGGGCCAUGUCUAAAUGGUUUUCUGUGAAGAUAGAGGCUUGUUUUAAGCUUUUAUUCUUCUAUGUAUCAUAUUUUAGUGAAAAAUAUGUGAAUUAUGUGUU